CCACCCCAAGUUAAGACCCCCACCCCCCAACUGCCAGCUCAAAAGCGGGCUUCGCUUUAAACUGGGGCUGCGGCCCCCUGACCCCGGUCAAGCCCCGCCCCUUCCUGGUUGUCUUAGCGACGGCGGUGGCGUCCCAAGAUGGCGUCGUGGCUGCCGGACACUCUGUUUGAAAUUGUAGGACAAGGCCCGGCGCCGAGCAAAGACUAUUACCAGUUGUUGAUCACUCAGACUCAGGUCAUCUUUAGAUGGUGGAAAAUUUCUCUGAGAAGCGAGUAUCGGACAGCAAAACCUGGAGAGAUAAAGGAAACCCAUGAAGAUUUUCUAGAGAACUCUCAUCUUCAAGUACAAAUCGCCUUAGUAUUUGGUGCAAGAAUAUUAGACUAUGUCUUCAACCUGUGCGAAGGUAAAUUUGACUACCUGGAGCGGCUCUCAGACAAACUGCUGCUGAAGAUCAUCCACUACCUGGACCUCGAAGAUAUUGCCAGGCUCUCUCAGACAUCAAGCAGGUUUGCAAAGCUGUGCAAGUGUGACUCACUGUGGGAGCAGAUAGUUCAGUCGGCCUGUGACACCAUCACCCCCGACAUGCGGGCCCUGGCGAAGGACUUGGGCUGGAGACAGGUGUUCUUCACCAACAAGAUCCAGCUGCAGAGGCAGAUCCGCAGGAAGAAGCAGAGACAGGGAAAGCAGAAGGAGAAGCAUAUUUAGCAGCCAGCUUUUUCCACCGCUGGCUGAGCCCACAGACGUGCCUCUCUUCAGAUCCAAAUCUUGUUCUUGUUUAACAACAGUUGUUGCUGAUUCCAGGAAUCACUUGACAAAUCCCAUUUUGCACAUACAUGCAAAUCCAUCCAGUGCCUUACUUGAGCAACCACCCCUGUCCUGCUCAGGUCAACCCAUGGCCUAAGUAUUUAGGGAUAUAAGACAGGAAGCCUUUUAGGCCACCACCUUCCCAAUCCCAUUACCCCUGAGGAAAGAGGCACUUGUGUGUAUGAACUAACAAUAAAGACUUAUUUGCA